CUAGUGUAGUAUGUGUACAACCAUCAUCAACAUCAUAUAUUGCAUCCCAAAGCUUUGUUUCUAUUGUUUGCUAACAUUAUAAUCAUGGCAGAUCAGCAAUAUUCAACAGUCCAGGAAAGUGAGACUGCCCAAAAGGUUGCAGGAGAAUCGUUGAAUUGUGAGAUGUUCUUGAAUAAGGAACAAAACCAGAAACUCCAAGAGGAUGCGGCCUUGACAGAUGCCAAGACAAUGAAAGAGGAAGAGAAGACCACUCUCAUGGAGGAGCUCCACCGGUCCAAAAGCGACUCUAGCUCGUCUAGUGAUGAAGAAGAUGAAGGAAGAGAGAAGAAAAAGAAGAAGAAAGGCUUAAAGGAAAAAUUAUCAGGCGAAAAGGAAGAGGUAGACACUAAGUGCAAAGACACAUUCACUCCAGUUGAGAAAGGCAAUGAAGUAGUAAAUGCAGAGGCAACAAACACAGAGGAGAAAAAGGGAUUUAUAGAGAAAAUCAAAGAAAAACUUCCGGGACACCACAAGAAGGCAGAAGAUGGUUUUUCUGCUGAGUGUGCUACAAAUGAGCAUUCCCCUGAAGGUGAAGCAAAGGAGAAGAAAGGAAUCUUGGAGAAAAUCAAGGAGAAGCUACCUGGGUGCCAUAAGAAUGAAGAGGAGAAGAAGGAUAACUAGAAUGCAUGGAACCUGGAAAGAAAGUUUCACAAUCACUUUUUCUAAGAAGCCAUUUGCUUAUUGUGCAUGCAUUUUUGUUUUGUCCUAACUGAAGUGUUUCAUGUGGCAUGCAUGAGUCUUCAUUGGGUGAUUCCCUGGUUUUCAGCUGUUGUUUUCUUUUCCUACCAUCUGUAAGCUUAGUUUGCUUUGCUUAAUGGCCCACAAAGGCUGAAUUUUGAAUCUCUGCUUCUUGGCUGCCUAAUAUAUAACACUAGUACCAUGUUACAAAUAUAAAA